AUGCGCUGCCCUGACCUGACCAUUUACUUCUUCCAUCCCCCACUACCCGCCAUGGGCUCGCUCACCGGCCAGACGAGCUCAACUCCUGACAUGGCCCCCUGCCCGGUUGUUCUGCCGUCCCCCGAGGACGACGAGGCAGAAUAUCUCGGCCAUGUGCUGCGUCUCUCGGCACCAACCAACGAAGCAGCUAUCGAGGACCAGCUAAUCGCGAAGGCUGCGGCACUGGGUAUUUCUACGUCGGGCCUGUCACCUGAAAACUGCGAUACCUCCGGCGCAGAGUCGCGGGCCUCCACUGUCGCGACUCAACAUGUUCGCACAUUCUCGACCGCCUCGCGCGAUUCAGCGAGCACGACCUUGACUUCCCAUCCGUCUCUGAACACAGCUCUGGCUGCUACUACCGCAGCCGAUGCGCCCCCGAACCCAUUAGCAAGGAAACGAUCCAAGAGUCUCACCUUUUCGCAAUACGACAAGUACCUUUCUCAGCUAGAUCCAAACAUUCAUCAGCCCAAGAUUCAAAAGGCGCCGAUACCAGCCGCCAUCGAUAACUCGGCACACAGCUUGUUCAGUGUGACCACAAGGAGGAGUUAUUUCAGUAUCAAAGAAGGGAUCAGGAAGAUUCGUUGGAAGAGGAGAUCAACACUGGUGGAAUCAACAAUUUCUUGUAUAUGCUGUCGCAACGAAUUCAAUAAGUCGAACGCUUUGCAUAGCUUACCUUGCGGCCAUACGUACUGCGCAGAUUGCCUCAGCAUCAUGAUUCAGCAAGCGACGACAGAUGAGUCCAAGAUGCCGCCCCGAUGCUGCACACAACCGAUUCCGGCGUCUACAAUUCAAAAAAUACUCACCCGAGAGGAACAACAUGCAUUUUUAAAGGCAGUGCAACAAUUUAGUACACCAUGGGAAGCUAGGAUCUUUUGCCCAAACACAGCAUGCGGCGAAUUUAUUCCUCCUCGCAACCGAAUCGACCCGAAACACCCCUUUGAUGUGGUCUGUCGCAAUUGCCGAACUAGGGUCUGCGUGAUGUGUAAACGAAACGCACACGCUGUCGGCAAGGAUUGCCCGUCAGAUUGGGAGUUGGAGGCCGUCUUGAAGAUGGGCGAAAAGUCGGGCUGGAGAAGAUGUUACAAAUGUCGGACUUUGGUUGAAUUAAGCCAGGGUUGCACUCACAUGACAUGCAGAUGCAAGGCUCAAUUUUGCUACAUCUGUGGCGCUAUUUGGGAUCCCUCAGUGGGUUGCCCUAAUUUCUGUAACGGCGACGAAGAAUUGGAAAGAAGGAGAAUGGAGGAAGAAGCCAGGAACGCCGAAUUGGAGGCUGAGAAGGCGGCACAAGAGGCAGCUGCAGCUGCUGAAGCCGCAGAAAAAAUCGAAGCAGAGAAGCGUACGCGGGAAGAUCCUCUGUUUGCCAAAAUGGAGAGCGACAUGAAGGAGGAGUUGGAUCGAUUCCGACUCUACAUGCGAAAGACGAAAUGGCACAUGUGGACACGGCAAGCCGAGAAAAAGCAAGCAUUGGUGGACAAGUACUCAGACCUGAUCGACAAGAUGAAGGAACGACAUGCCAAAACGGCGGCUCACCUGGAGGAACGUCAAAUCGAGGCCGAGAUGGAUUUAAGAUCGACCCUGGAUCAAAGUGAGAAGAGUGUCAAGAUUCGCCUAAAGCACAUGGAGGCUUAUUGCGACGGGCUUGGUCGAACCCAGAAUUCUGAUUUGCCGCCAAGAGUCGUCACCGAAAGAGACCUACGCCUGCUUGGACAGCAAUACAAUGUGCGAGAUGGAAUGGAGCGGCUGCACCAAGCCAAGAUUAAUGUCUUGCGAGACCGGCAGGCCAAACGAAUGGAGGAGCUUCUCGAGCGACAGGAGCAAGAGCUCGAGAAACUGACUGAUAAGAAGGAGCAGGAGAUAGAGAAUCUGGCAACGGAUUUUGCGCAAGAAGAAGAUACCCUGGUCAGAAUUUUUAACGACCGCAAGGAAAGACUGCAACGGCGUUGGUUGCUGGCGAUUGAGAUUCUCCGGAAAGAGCUCGAGGAGCGAACCAAGGAUCAGUAUGCGUCUCUCCAACUGCCAGCAUGGCCCGACGACACGGAGACACAGGACGAGGUUCUAGCAUCAGCACCUGAUUCUCCGACGAGCGAGGAGUAA